UGUUUUGGAUUCAUUAGAUUUUUCUUUUAAAUAGAUAGGUUGACAUUGACAAAACCCUAGAACAAUUGAGAACUCUCCAAGACCAUGUGGGGUGUGUCCCCAAUUCCAUUUCCGCCAUUCUUUCCUUUCAUUCCUAGACCCACCAAAGCACUCGUUUCCCUCACGGUCUCUGCAACCUCUCAGCCCUUUCGCCAACGCUCUUCCCCUAACCCAAAUCAGCAGAAGCAACGAAUACGAAAUCACGAACCAGAAAACGAUAAUCAAAGAGGAGCAGCAACCAAUCAGCUGAGUGGGUUAGAUGUGCUUUGGGCUAUGAAGAGAGCGGCUGCUGAGAAAAACAGAGCAGCUGCUACUACUAAUAAAAAGAAUAGGAAGAGAAAAGGAUUACUCUCUGCAGACGGCCAGAGGGAGGAGUACGCUGUCGACUAUAGCAAUGUCAGGCCUUUGUGCAUAAAGAGCGAGUGGGGUGCUCGGUUGGACGAAUUGGAGAAGCGACUUCAGGAGAUUUCUGAGACCAAAUGAAGAAAUUUUAGGCUAUCGUACUCAAGUAUCGUGGUUGAAUGCUUUUUAACUAAUCAACGUUUCCCCACUUCUUUUUCCUUUGGCCUGCUUACUGUGAAUAAAAGGAUAUAAAUUUUGUUUUUA